GGAUUCGAGGCAAGUCUUGGGUGGUUAGGUUCCAAUCCCCUCUCAAUUGCUGUUGUGGGGGAUCAAACACGGUUUCUCACUACCCAGUUCAGCCCCAAUCACCACUGAACCAACAAGUAAUUGGUGGCUGCAUUCCCAAUUUAAACCUAAGGGAUUUCAUGUGAGGGGAUGUGAUAGAUUGUAAAACCAAUAUCGAGGCUUCUAACCACCAACUUAAACUUUUUGGUUUAGUUGGUCCUUUGACAAUCUUUAUUCUUUAUCCUAAAUAAAAAUAAGGGUUUCUUUAAAAGCGAGUUCAAUUUUAUUAUUGUUUGAGUAUAUGGUAAAUGAGUUGUCAGCGGUCUUUUUAAAAAAAAUCAAAUUAAUUCAUUGACAAAAAGUCAUACGAUAUGCAUCUACAUAAAAAUUUGAAUCUAACAAAUACAUAACAAUCGAAUGAAAUAAAAACUUCCUUUGAACAUAGCUAUGAUCGGAGUAAUCCUUCAUACCACUUGUUAACGAUUACAUGUACACGAACAUAAUGGUUUGGAGACGCAAUCCUUUUUUCCAUUUAAUUUUUCUCCCCAAUUUCAAUUUGUCAAUUAAAUUAAAAGUAUAAAAUCCUAUAGGAUUUGAGUUCUACCGAUUUACAUAAAAGAAUUUGGCCUUUUGUGGUUGCAUAUGGAUUGAAGAAACAAAAAUGAGCAAAUAAGUCAAAAUGAAUCCACAUUUCCACAACCCACAUGCCAAACAUCAGAAGAACACUAACAUGUCUUGUAACAAACUACUACCAAUAUAUAUACAACCCAACUAGCCAUUACAAUCCUCACACUAUAAUCACACAAACAACUUCUCAUACUCCACUCAGAAAGUUGUCUAAGAUCCGCCACUGAUUGUAUACUGAAGCCGGAGAUCGAAGCAAUGGAGCUACCUACUACGAAGAUAAGUAAAGAUAAUGGUGUGUACUUAACAUGGGAAGAUUUGUGUGUGACGGUCUCACGUAGAGAAGCAGAAGCGACUACCAAAAAUAUACUACAAGAUGUAAGUGGUUAUGCUUGCCCUGGUCAGGUUUUGGCUAUCAUGGGUCCUUCUGGUUGUGGCAAGUCCACUCUACUCGACGCCUUAGCCGGGAGAUUGGACAUGAACACUAAACAAAGUGGACAAAUGCUCGUUAAUGGUCAAAGACAAGCCCUUGCUUAUGGCACAUUGGCUUAUGUAACACAAGAUGAUGCAUUGGUAACAACAUUAACAUUACAAGAAACAGUGUACUAUUCAAGCGAGCUUCAAUUACCAGAAUCAAUGUCAAAAUCAGACAAGAGAAAGAGGGCAGAUGAUUGCAUAAAGGAGAUGGGAUUACAAGGAGCAAUAAACACAAGGAUAGGAGGUUGGAGUAGUAAAGGCCUUAGUGGUGGUGAAAGACGAAGACUUAGUAUAUGCAUUGAGAUAUUAACUCAUCCUAAACUUCUAUUCUUAGAUGAACCAACAAGUGGACUUGAUAGUGCAGCUUCAUUCUAUGUUAUGAGUAGAAUUAUUGGUAAUCAAACGAGUAAAGGGAGGACUAUUAUUGCAUCUAUUCAUCAACCUAGUAGUCAAGUUUAUAGGUUGUUUGAUAAUCUUUGUCUUCUUUCUGAUGGUAGAACUGUCUACUUUGGCCCUGCUGCUGAUCAAGCAAAUCAGUUUUUUGCAGCCAAUGGUUACCCAUGCCCAUCACUUCAAAACCCUGCUGAUCAUUUCCUUGAAUUGAUAAACAAAGACUUUGAUGAGGACAUUGAACAAGGUAUAGUUGAAAGAAAAUCGACGGAGGAAAAUGUCAACAUCUUGUUGAACUCAUACAAGUCAUCUGAAAAUUACAAUAACGUUAGAGGAUUUAUUUCUACGAUAUGCAAACAGAAAGGUGAAAGAUUGGAGAGAAAGAAACAUGCUAGUUUCUUUACACAAUGUGAAGUUCUUACAAGAAGGUCCUUUGUAAACAUGUACCGUGACUUAGGUUACUAUUGGUUGCGAUUUUUGGUAUACCUUGUCUUGGCUUUUGGAUUAGGCACCAUCUUCUUCAAUCUUGGGAAUAAUUACAAUUCAAUUCAGGCUAAAGGUUGGUUGCUAAUGUUCGUGUCAUCAUUUUUAACUUUCAUGACCAUUGGAGGAUUUCCCUCCUUUAUCGAAGACAUGAAGGUGUUUAAACGAGAAAGAUUAAACGGGCAUUAUGGAACAACAUCCUUUGUUGUGGCAAACACACUAUCAUCAAUACCAUACUUACUUCUAGUUUCUCUAAUCCCAGGAGUAAUUACUUACUACUUACCAGGGCUUAAGAGAGAUUACAAUUGUUUCCUAUACUUCGCAAUGAUUCUAUUCGCAUGUAUGAUGUUAGUAGAGAGUAUGAUGAUGAUAGUUGCAAGUUUAGUCCCUAAUUACCUAAUGGGCAUAAUUACUGGUGCAGGGGUUCAAGGAUUAAUGAUAUUAGGGGCAGGAUUUUUUAGAUUACCAAGUGAUUUACCUAAUAUAUUUUGGAGAUACCCACUUUACUACAUUUCCUUCACUAAGUAUGCUUAUCAAGGGUUGUUUAAGAAUGAGUUUGAAGGAUUAGAGUUCCCUAACAGUCAAGGGAAAACUCCAAGUAUGAUAUCUGGUACUGUAAUCCUCAAGGACACGUGGCAGGUGGAAACUGGCUAUUCGAAGUGGGUUAAUCUUGUUAUAUUGCUUGGGAUGGUUGUUGUGUAUCGUUUAAUGUUCUUAAUCAUCAUUAAGGGUUUGGAGAAGCUUAAACCUGCUAUUAAAGCCUUGGUUAUGAGAGCGCCGAGGCAAGUGCAUGUUGCGACUUGAUUCUUGCUGAUGGGUGUUGUUAGAUUCGUUUCAAUGUUCUUAAUUAAUCAUCAUUAAGGAGAAGCUUAAUUAAUUAGCAGCUAUCAAAGCCUUGGCUAGUCAAGUGUUGGAAGUUGAUUCUUGCUGAUAGGAGCUUACUUUUUUUUUUUUUGGUUCUACUACGAGGAGUUCCCACCGCUUUUGACGAGUGGACUAUCUCUCGCGGAAGUUUGCGUGGGUACCUCGAUGGUAGGAGCUUAUUUAGCUCAACCUGUUCGAGUUGGUAAAUACUAAAUAUGUAUGCCAGAAUAGGCUAGUUAGCUAGGGUCGCAUUAAAUUACCCUUUAAAGAUUCUAAAACUCUAUGUAAUUUUCCUAAUAAAUUGAAGGGUUAUUGUUUUGUUACUACUAUGUUGUAUUUCUUCUUGUAAUCAAGAUCUUUUAUGAAUCAAAGAUUAAUUUGUAAACUUGUAUUCUAAACCAAGUUGAUAUGGAGUGUUCAA